GCAGCUCUGUUAAAAUGAAUGCGUGAAUGUGUUUUAUUUUUGUCGUCGCUGUCACGUUGUCGACAGUACAACUGCGAUCUUUUAAUAAUAAUCGUAGUAAAUUACUAGUAAGUAACGUUUGUAUAACAAGUAAAUAGUUUUUGAGGUAUUCAUCACCUGUUACUUAUCGUUUAAAUUGGAAGAAAUCGAAUAAGUGAGCAUAACUAAGGACUUUGACCCCACGCAGUAACAACCGAUAUAAUUCACAAAGUCAUGGCCACCGUUGAGAAACUAUCCACCGAUCGAAAGGCUAAUCCUAUCAAGUCGUUUCUUACGGGUGGAUUUGGUGGAAUUUGCAAUGUUUUGUCUGGUCAUCCGCUAGACACAAUAAAGGUACGUUUACAAACGAUGCCACGACCGGCUCCUGGAGAGCAGCCUAUGUAUAAAGGCACCUUUGAUUGCGCUGCGAAGACCAUAAAAAACGAAGGCGUGCGUGGUUUGUACAAGGGUAUGUCCGCCCCUUUGACUGGGGUUGCUCCUAUUUUUGCAAUGUGUUUUGCUGGCUACGCAUUGGGGAAACGUCUCCAACAACGGGACGAAGAUGCCAGGCUUUCAUACCCUCAGAUCUUUGUUGCCGGCUCGUUCUCUGGUCUGUUCUCCACUUUGAUUAUGGCCCCAGGAGAGCGCAUCAAAGUGUUGCUGCAAACCCAGCAGGCGAAAGGGGGUCAGCGUAAAUACAAUGGAAUGAUUGACUGCGCUGGAAAGCUGUAUAAAGAGGGAGGACUUCGCAGCAUUUUUAAGGGGAGCUGUGCAACAAUGUUAAGGGAUUUGCCUGCCAACGGCUUGUAUUUUUUGGUAUAUGAAUAUAUUCAGGACGUGGCUAAAAGUACAUCACCAACUGGUCAAAUUAGCACAGCCUCAACUAUUUUUGCUGGUGGCGUUGCCGGAAUGGCAUACUGGAUUUUAGGAAUGCCGGCAGAUGUUUUAAAGAGUCGGUUGCAAUCAGCACCAGAGGGAACAUACAAGCAUGGAAUUCGCAGCGUAUUCAAAGACUUGAUUGUUAAAGAUGGUCCCCUUGCUUUAUAUCGUGGUGUUACGCCAAUAAUGAUUCGCGCAUUCCCCGCCAAUGCUGCUUGUUUCUUUGGCAUUGAGUUAGCAAAUAAUUUUUUCCGUGUUGUAGCGCCAUCAUUUUAACUACAACAA